AUGUCAGGCAGAUUCGGUAUUCCUGGGGCUGCACCAGCGCCCAAACAGCCUUCGCGGUUCCAGCAGUUCAAAGAGACGCCCGCAUACCCAAUUUUGGUCAACGUGAGCCUGUUCAUCGCGGGCGUCGCGUUCAUUCAGUCGCCUCUCAUGGAGAUGAUGGCGCCACAGCUGUAG